CAAUAAUUUGUCUAAAAUAAUUUGUGUGAUUGAAUACGAAUACGGAGUAUUCAAUUGAACUCAAUCAGAUUUCUGAACUUUUAUCCAAACAGUCCCUUACAAAAGAAACUGAAAUGGUAGGAAAUCCGAAAUAAGCUUUGGUAACUUGUGAGGCGGUCUGCGCAAGGAAGGAGGAAGGAAGACGAUGGAGGACGAGAGACUUCUGGAGCGAGAAAGGUACCAAAUCGAACAGAUACGGCAGCUCGAAUCUGAAGAACUGCAGGUUGAGGAAGUCGACGACGAAGCAUCCGAAGAUGACGAUCCCAUGUUAGGGGAACCGACCUCACCUGGGGAAUUCAAUUAUGACACCUCUUUGGCUGCAUUGCAUUCAUACCUUGGUGAUGUCGAAGACACUCAUAAUAGGUUUUCGUUCUUGGAUGGGGGAGCUGUCAUAGAUAUUCCUUUAUUCUAUCUUGAAGGAGUUGUUUUAUUUCCUGAAGCUACACUUCCUUUACGAGUUGUUCAGUCUAGUUUUAUUGCUGCUGUUGAAAAAGCAUUGCGACACAAUAAUGGUCACUAUACUAUUGGUGUUAUUCGAGUUCACAGGGAUUCUCGUGAUUCAAGAAUAAAAUUUGCUACAACAGGGACAACAGCUGAGAUUCGGCAAUAUCGGCGGUUGGAAGAUGGUUCAUUGAAUGUUGUUACCCGCGGCCAACAGCGCUUUCGUCUUAGACGCCGCUAUAUGGAUGUUGAUGGAGCACCUUGUGGAGAGAUUCAAAUUAUCCAAGAAGACACCCCAUUGAGGACACCUCGAGAUGCUGUUGGGAGAUUGAUACCAUCGAGAAGAUUGCAAGCUGGGGCCGGUGUGAAUUUACAAGCAAAAUCAUUAAAUGUUUCUCCAAUGGAGCAUUAUGGAUGUGGAAAUGGGAAUGAUUCAGAUGCAAUGUCAGAGGAAAGCUUUGAAGGUGGAUUAUCAUCGGGAGAGAGAAGGCUUCACCGGUCUGCUAUUGUUUCUAAUAUUGGUGAGAAUAUGAGUGAUGAGUCAACGAGCAGUGAUUAUGAUGAUGAUGAUGAUAAGGCUGUUGAAGAAUUAGAUGUUCGAUUUGGAAGAAGUCGCCUACAUGAUUUUCUAGGUUCUUUGCAUCCCCGACACAAUGAAAAGUGUAUGCAUCCUAACCAGGAAAUUAGAGAAGGAUCCGUUUCGGAUGUGUCAUCUUGUAAAGACAUUGGAUGGAAGAAUCAGGUUAUUAAUCAGACGCGUGAAGUUUCAACGGCUUAUUUGCCCAACUGGGUGUAUCGGAUGUACGAUUCAUAUUGUCUUGCUCAGAGGGCAGCAGAACGGUGGAAACAGAUUGUUAAGGCACCAAGCAUGGAGGCAUUUCUGAUGAAGCCAGAUCUUCUUUCAUUUCAUAUUGCCAGUAAGAUUCCUGUAUCAGAAUCAACUAGGCAGGAGCUUCUUGAUAUUGAUGGGAUAUCUUAUAGGUUGCAGCGAGAAAUUCAAUUACUUGAACGCUUUGAUCGUGUACGGUGUAAGACUUGUGAGACACUGAUUGCUAAGCGAAGUAAUAUGUUGGCAAUGUCUGGAGAGGGUCCUCUUGGGGCUUAUGCCAAUCCACAUGGUUAUGUGCAUGAGAUAAUGACACUGCUUAAAGCAAAUGGGCUAGCAGUCAUUGGGACUCCGAAGGUGGAGUAUAGCUGGUUUCCCGGGUAUGGUUGGUCGUUUGCAGAAUGUGUUUGCUGUGGAUCUCAAAUGGGGUGGCUCUUUACCGCUACAAAUAAGAAACUGAAACCACAAUCAUUUUGGGGCAUUAGGUGUUCCCAACUUGCUGACACAACAUAGGCCCAAACCUUUUAUUGAAGGCAUAUAGGUUGAUCAUUGUAAAGCUUCACUCCAUGACUUGGAGCAGAACAUCCCAACUGUUAAAUGAGUUCUCGUGUUUUCCAUGCCGGUAGUUCCCGUAUAGAUCUUUAAAGUUUAAACUGUUAUACAUGUUCUCUCUUUCCUACAACUACUGUGCGUGUGUCUGUGUGUGAGAGAGAGAGAGAGAGAGAGAAUAUUAUCUAAUGGUUAUAAGAUCUAUAGAGACACUUCCCAUACGGAUAGCAUGAAUGAUACAAUUGUACAAGUUCCUCAACUAUGGGCAAUAAUGGUCUUCUACAGCUAUAUAUGUAUCUUGGGAGGCAGAUACACUGGAAUUUGACGGUCCGCAGAUCGAGUGAGAUGUGGUAGGAACCGUUGGAUGCACGGAGUGGGUCCGGGUGAGGCUUGAAAUCUACACCGUCCGAUUUUGGAUUAGAGAGACAAAGGUUUGGAAUUGUUAUCCUUUUUUUCUGUCCAUUUAAAAAAAAGGAGAGAGACAAAUCAUGAAUCUCACCCCUAUGCUCCUUGAGAUGAGAGUGUAGUUCAUAUUUGACUACAUUGAUUGUUGCUUGAUUGUUGUCUUCAACUGAUUUUUUGAGUUUGGAGCAUUGCAGUGAGUUUUAGUAACUAGUCUAGUAAAACGGUUUUUUGGAA